AUGGCAAAAUUUGAUGCAACUAAAGCUACAUUUGAACAGAUUGAUACAAAUCGAGAUGGAAAUAUUGAUAAAAAUGAAUUUCGUGAAUGGAUUUCAAAUGCAGAAGAAUUGCCUUCUUCAUCAUAUGAAUCAUUAACUAGGGGACGUAUUCUUAAUAAUAAUACUACUAGUCGAUGCGACCGAAAUAAAUAUGAAGUUAGUUGUCAAGAUGCUUCGGAAUAUACAGCUAAUAGAUAUGCUUCAUAUGGAACUACAGCAGUAACUAGUGAGUUGAGUAAUGAUGCGGUGAUUCAUACAAAUAGUUCAGACGAAACGAAUCGAUAUCUGGAAAAAUCCGCUAAUAAUAUUUAUAUGGAUCCUAAUCCACAAAUUAUUCGACGAGCAACAACUGAAGCUCCAGUAACAUAUGAACAACGAAUUCUUGUUCGAUAUCUUCAGCCACCAGCCGUUCCAUCACCAGGACCACUCAUUAUUAAAGAAGUGCGUCCACCACAACCACCACCUCCUCCACCACUUGUCAUACGCCAGCAUGCAGAAUCACUUGGUCAACCACCUCCACUUAUCUUACGUGAACGACCACCAACACCACCGGCAUGUGCUUCCAGUGAAACAGUUACUCGUUGUUUACCUGCUAUACCUGUUCCACCACGAUCAGUUAUCAUUGAACGCUUUCCACCUCUUCCAGAAAAACCACGCGAUAUUAUAAUUGAACGAUGGAUUCCCUAUGAAUCUCAAUCUCAACGUCGUACAAUUGUUGAACGCGAUCGUUCUGCUAUACAAUAUCCACAACCAUCUCAUACUGUUGUUGUUUAUGAAGCGGUUCAACAACGUAUAGUCCAAAAACUUGAAAAACUUGGUGUUACCAAAGAAAAUCCUGCCGAUUAUGUAGCUCGUUAUAGGGCAUCACUUUUAGAUCCAGCGACAAUUGUUCAACAGGCUCGUAAUGCUGGUGUUACUGAAGAUAUAUCGCCUCCGGUACUAUCAUCUUCAAUAUAUACAAAUAUACGCGAAAAUACUGAUUUCGAUCAGUCAAAUGAAAUGAUCAGUCAAGGUUUUUCAUUAUCAGGUGGCACUAGUUGUGAAGGAAGUCAACUAGCUGCUGGUACGCAAGCUUUGUAUCCUGUUAAUACAAGUUAUACAUCAUCAUCAGCGAACUUGUUUGGUGAUAGUAUAACCCAAUGUGGGUUUCAUAAUCGCGAUACUAGUAUUACCUCUAUUAGAAUAUAA